AUGUGUCUCGUCUUUGCCACGAUUGGAGCAUUUGUGAAUAAUACUCCAGUAGUUGUGUUAGGAUUACCAAUUGUGUUAGAAUGGACUAAACACAAUAAGGUAUCUGCGUCAAAGUUUCUCAUCACACUCACAUACAUUACCUCUGGAAGUGGAUUUUUGACAUUGAUUGGAAAUUCAUCUAAUAUUGUUGCGAAUGGAAUCUACACUACCUAUGGUUAUUCUCCAUUGACAUUUUAUGAAUUUUUCUAUCUUGGAAGUGUGCUUUGCUUAAUAACGAUUAUUUAUUUAAUAACCUAUGGUUUAUGGAUUGUACCUGAUGAAGUAAGAGGCGUCAAUAAUGCCCAAAGAGCUUCCAUACGAUUUGCUAAUCGAUUCUCUUCGAUAAGGCCUCCAAUGAAGGAUAGACAUGAGUUGUUUGUGGCUGUUGUAAGAAUGUCAAAUCUUGCAAAUCAAGAAAAACACACCAAACCUUUCAAAUUGUAUGUUAACUUGUUGGGAAAGAAUGAAGCUCAAGUCAUGAAAGUUCUUGGUUUGGAAGGAGUAGAGCUUGUAGAAAUAAUAAGAACACCCUUAAGUGCAGCUAAAAAAGAAACUUCUAACGAAUCAUCCACAUGCAUUUCAACUGUGAAUGUGGAGGACAAAGACAAGGAAUCGACAACUACCAAUGCUGUUGAAAGUCCAUUCCAUCCACAAACACCUCACCGACAAUCCAAUCAUAGUAAGGACGAUUCAACAACCUCAGAAGAAGUAGAGUCUGUCGUUAUUGAAAUUGCAAAAGAGAUGGAACCCACAAACAUUCCUCCAAAGGAGCCUUUACAACUUAGAAUACGAAUUCCAAUUCCACAAAAUGUAGUAAUAGAGAAAGAUGAUAUCUUGAUAUUUAAAGGGUCUCCAAAAUCCAUUCUCUUACUUCAGGCUAUGACCUUUGAGCAAGAUUCAUCCAUGUACAAUGAAAGUACAGAAACAACCAACGUGAUCAGUAAUCAAGCCCCACGAAAAGAAUCAAGCAGCGGAGAGGAAUUUAAUGAGAUACCUCAAGUUGUUAUUCAAGAACGAAUAGUGAACUCAUCACAUUCAUAUUCUUCUGUUGCAUCAGAUGAGGAUUUAAACUCACCAAGCAACAUAAGUGUCCACUCUGUCUCCUCAAAUGAUCGACUCGUAAGCACUCCAUCUUUUAGAGAAAAUUACGUCCUUGAUCAAUUACACCAAAAUUUGAAAAAGUCUUUACCAACAGAAAUCUCCAAAGAAGACAAACAAACAGCAGAAACAAAUAAGAAGCAGAAAGAUGUGGACAAAAUUGAUUCCAAAUCAUUGGAAUUCUUUGAGGUUGUUAUUGGACCUUCAAAUCCAUGUGUUGGAGAGGAAUACCAAGAAUUUGAAAAGAGAUAUCGAGUGACAGUAUUGGCCAUCAGAAAUUUAUAUUUUAAUUCUGAAACGAAUGAACAAGACUUGAAGAAAUUGACGGUCAAUACUGGAGACACCUUACUAGUGGUUGGAAAAACAAAUUUUUAUUUCAAUUUCCAUGAAUCUCAUAGAGAAUUCUACAUGAUUUCACGUUUCAGCGAAGUUUCUCCUUCAUAUGACGCAUUCAAAUCAAAACCUUUUCUUGUAAAGAUACCAUUUUCAAAGAGAAUUUUAGAUUUAUGGUGGUGGGAGCAUUGGAUUUUCCUAUUCUUUUUUGCAAUGAUUGCUAGUACUAUUGCAGGAUUUUCAAUGGUGCAAUGCAGUUUUAUUUGUUUUUGUGUUGUGAUUGCAUUUGGAUUAAUUUCUCCCUCUGCUGCUAUAGAUUCUGUGGACUGGGGUUUAGUUGCCUUGGUUGGUGCAUCAUUUGGUAUAGGCACUGCCAUCACUCAAAGUGGUGUUGGGCAAGGAAUCACAGAAGUGCUGAAAAUUGCGAACAUUCCUCCAAUUCUAUUGCCUGCAUUUAUUACUGCCAUUACCUUAAUCGUUGCAAAUCAUCACUAG